GUGUACCCCGUGUGUGCGGUGCAUGCCGGGAAUCGUAGUUCCCGGUGUCUCCGGCGCCCGUCCCGAUGGCGGCGGCGCGGCUGCUGCCGCUGCUGCUGCUGCUGCUGCCGCUGGGCUGCGUCCGGCCCGGCGCCUGCACAGACCUUCCGGACGGCGGCUGGCUGGCGGGCUCGGUGCCGGAGGAACCACGCUGCACCGUGGAGAGAGCCGAUGCAUCCCUCACCUACUCUCUUUUCCUGCAGCGGUUCGCCUUCUCCCGGCCAGUGAUUCUCGGUGGGGUCACGGAUAAUUCGGCGUUCCGAGCCCUCUGCACCCGGGAGAAGCUGCUGGCGGCGUUCGGGCCCUUCCCGGUGCGGCUCAGCACGGCCAACACCUACUCGUACCGCAAAGUGGAUGUGCCGUUCCAGGAGUACGUGGAGCACCUGCUGAAGCCGCAGGACCCGGCCCAGCUGGGCAGCGACACCCUCUACUUCUUCGGGGACAACAACUUCACCGAGUGGGGCCCCCUCUUCCAGCACUACGUGCCCCCUCCCUUCCGCAUCCCGGGCACCAGCCCCGCCUACAGCUUUGGGAUCGCAGGCUCAGGCUCUGGCGUUCCCUUCCACUGGCACGGCCCUGGUUUCUCCGAGGUGAUUUUCGGCAGGAAGCGCUGGUUUCUGUACCCGCCGGAUAAAACCCCACACUUCCACCCCAACGAGACGACGCUGGCCUGGCUCCAGCACACCUAUCCCACCCUGCCACCGGCCCAGCGCCCGCUGGAGUGCACCCUGCACCCGGGGGAGGUGCUGUACUUCCCUGACCGCUGGUGGCACGCCACGCUCAACCUGGACACCAGCGUCUUCAUCUCCACCUUCCUGGGCUAGGGCUGGCAGGGACAAGGACACGUCACCAGCAUGCCAGCCAGGGCAGGAGCCCCAGCUCCUGCCACCCUCAGGGAAAGGCAACUGGUACUGGGACCAACUGCCUGAGAAAGUUCUGGUUUUUACUGGUCUUUAUCCUCCCCCUUGGAUUAAAGUUGUUCUACUGAAGCACACUGUGUUGCCACAUCCCUGGAGCAAACCUGGUCCUCAUGGGAUGGCACCAAUCCCCAAGCCAGGAUAUCCCCAGAAAUGGCUGCUGUGAGCAACUCCAGAUCCUUUUCCACAUUUAUUGCUGAAUUUUUUUUAUUCUUUUUAUAUAUAUUUUUUUAAAUGGACAUUGGCAAACUUCCAGAGGGCGCUCAAAAGCCAGGCAGGCCAUCGGCCAACCAAAACGCUGGAAUCUCAGUUGAAUGCAAAUCUGUUGGUUAUCUUUUGUGGGGUUUUUAAGGGAUUUCAUUAAAAGGAACAAGAACUUUAA